AAAUUAACACAGCGCAUUCAAUGGAUUGUCCCAGUCCAGUUGCAUCAGACGGAUCUUGCAGACGAGCAAAUGCUGUUCGAAACAAUAUUAAAAUAAAUAACAAAUUUAAUAAAUUAAUUGCGUUAUAUUUAAAGUAUUUUAAGGAAUUAAUUUGAAUUUAAAUAUAUUUUGCAGUGAAAAGGAAGCUUUAGUGUGAAGGCCGCUUGCGGUAUGGCACGUAUUGGUAUAUAAUUUAUCUCGUACUCUAAACGCUUCAUUCGCUGUUUGUGUUUGGUGAUCUGUGAACGGGAUACGCCGUUCGUUGUUUUGAAAAAAUAAUGUUCAAAGUUAUAAGAGAUGGUAGUGUAAGAAAAAAAGUUGCAAACUUUUUAAAAAAUGUGAAGAAAAGGACUUUUGCCUCCCAACAGGAGGUACCGUCUUCCGCGGAUGUUGUUGUUGUUGGUGGUGGCAUAACUGGGGCGAACACAAUAUAUCAGCUGACUAAAAGAGGAGUGAAAGCAGUAUUACUUGAAAGGGGUAAAAUUACUAGUGGAACUACAUGGCAUACUGCCGGUUUGGUAUGGUCACUCCGUCCCGACGACUUGGAAGUGGAGUUGUUACGUGACUCUCAGGCAGUGUACAAGAAUUUGGAGAAAGAAGACGAGAACUACGCGGGUUGGAUAAACAAUGGCGGCCUCUUCAUAUCUCGUAGCAAGGUUCGAACCCAAGAAUACAUGCGUUUACAUUCUCUGGGCAAUGCCAUGGGCAUCCCCAGUUCAGUGCUGGGCCCCCACGACGCUCAGAAGCUUCUCCCGAUCUUGGACACAUCAGUUUUCGAAAUGGCCCUGUUCAGCCCUAACGACGGGACUAUUGACCCUGCUAUGGCGUGCACGUCCUUAUUGAAAGUAGCUAAGAGCAAUGGGGCUAUAGUGUACGAAGAUUGUCCGGUAUUAGAUAUUCUUUACUCUCACAACACAUUAGGAAACAAGGAAGUCACUGGUGUUCAUACAGACAAAGGUCUUAUCAAAACUAAAUGCGUUAUUAACGCUGGUGGCGCCUGGGGUCCCCGCAUAGCUCGAUACGCUGGUGUCCCAUCCCUACCACUAAUACCUUUCAAGCAUGCGUACGUUGUUUGCGAUGCCAUACCAGAAAUUCGCGGGUGCCCCAACUUGAGGGACCACGAUGUUAAUCUGUAUCUGAAGAUCCAGGGAGAAACCUGUAGCAUCGGAGGUUAUGAGAGCAAUCCGAUUAUGUUAGAUCAGGUCCCAGACAAUCAACAAUUCCACCUGUAUGAACUCGACUGGGACAUAUUCGGGGUUCAUAUGACUAGUGCCACGACACUCUGCCCAAAGCUGGGCACCGUGGGAGUCAAGAGUACAGUUUGUGGGCCGGAGUCUUUCACGCCAGACCAUAAGCCGCUGAUGGGGGAGGAUCCUAAUAUAUUUGGUUUAUACCACAACUGCGGCUACAAUUCUGCGGGUAUGAUGCUCUCAGCAGGUUGUGCAAUACAAAUGGCAGAAUGGGUUUUAACCGGAAGGCCAAGCCGAAACAUGUUCAACUAUGACAUACGUCGCUUCACUCCCGCGCAGCUGUCUCGUGGACACUGGAUGCGCGAGCGCAGUCACGAAGCUUAUGUGAAGAACUAUGCCAUUGUGUUUCCUCACGACGAGCCACAAGCCGGACGAGAUGCAAGCCAUGAUGCUCUUCACCAGGAGUUGGUGGAAGACGGGGCCGUGAUGCAGAGCAGAGCGGGUUGGGAGAGGCCCGCUUUCUUCAUGCCAGGAGAGAAGAUCAGAGUGCCACAGUACGAUUGGUACGGCACACACGACUACCCGCGUAACACGGACCAUCGUUAUGAAGAUGUUCUGAAAGGAGAUCACACUUUUGGGUUCUCUAAGCACCAUGACCUGAUAGGCAAAGAAGCUCUGGCAUGUCGUAACGCAGCCGCUAUGUUCAACAUGUCGUACUUCGGCAAGUUCUACCUCACGGGGCCCGACGCGCAGCGCACCGCCGACCUCGCUUUCACGGCAGAUCUCUCCAAGAAAGACGAAAGGGUAAUGUAUUCACUUCUGCUGAAUGAGAAGGGUGGCGUGGAAGCAGAUGUCACAGUCAGUAUAUUGGACGGGGGCAGCGGACAGCUCCAUGAACCAAUUUUCAAGGGCCGCGGUUACUACGUGGUGACGAGCGGUUUCAACGCUAAUCACAUUUUAGCGCAUUUACGUCGCAUCGUGCAGAUCCACAAGUUGCGAGCGACCAUCACUGAUGUCACUAAACAACUAUGCAUCCUCAGUGUACAGGGUCCAGACAGCCAGCGCAUACUACAGCGAUACACCGACGCCGGUCUGUCCAACGACGCGUUUCCCGUUAGCACACACCGCAGUAUUCGAAUUUCAAAAGCGCCUUAUUCUCCAGAAAAUAAAACGUUUACUUGCCGAGCAUUGCGCAUAGGCUGGACUGGCGAACUCGGUUGGGAGUUACAUGUGCCUUCAGCGCACGCGCCGCAGGUCUAUAGAUCGCUAGCUGCCGCUAAAGGCCUUAAGAAUGCAGGAUGGAGGGCAUUGACGUCUCUUAGUGCUGAAAAGGGUUAUCAUUUAUGGAAUGUUGACGUUAGAACUGACGAUAAUCCGAUUGAAGCUAAUUUAGGGUUCACAUGCCGUAAAGAUGGUGAUUACAUAGGAAAUGAAAAAGUCACGAAAGCGCGACAAAAUGGAGUUACUAAGAAAUACGCUUUCUUCACAUUAGACGACCAGGUAGCGCUUUACGGUCAAGAAGCCGUGUACAGAAACGGCGAACCAGUAGGAUUUCUAAGAAGAGGCGACUAUGGUUUUUAUCUCAAAAAACCAAUCGGAAUUGGCUACAUCAAAAACAAAGGCUCAGAAGUCACCAAAGAUUAUUUGACUGGUGGCGAUUAUGAGAUUGAUGUCCAAGGAAAAAAAUACAAGGCCAGGCUUCAUCUUAAAUCGCCUUUCGACCCCACUAGUCAGCGAAUUCUCGGAAAUUACGGCGAACAUGGAACGGACGAAAAUACACACGAGCCUCACGCCGGGCAAAACGAAAGGGCUGGAGGCAGUGAAUAGUAUAGAAAUUUGCAAUUUUAGGUGCUCCGUUGACGAUUUUAAUUUAAGAAAAAAUAAUAUU